AACCUUCCCGUCGCGCCUGCAGCCCACACGCGCGGCGGGGACAAUUUAGCUGUCGCACACCGCUCUCCUGGCGUGCUGCCGUUCGCUCAGACCGCGAAGGCAGACGCGGAGGUUCUGCCUGCUGCUUCCUUGGUCGUGAGCGGCAUGGACGUGCUAGCGGAGGAGUUUGGGACCCUGACCCCGGAGCAGCUAGCUGCGCCGAUCUCCACUGUAGAGGAAAAAUGGAGGCUGCUUCCAGCAUUUUUAAAGGUGAAGGGCCUCGUGAAGCAGCACAUAGACUCCUUUAACUACUUCAUCAACGUGGAGAUAAAGAAGAUCAUGAAGGCCAAUGAGAAGGUCACGAGCGACGCCGACCCGAUGUGGUAUUUAAAAUACCUGAAUAUCUACGUUGGGCUUCCUGAUGUUGAAGAAAGCUUCAAUGUAACUAGACCUGUGUCCCCUCACGAGUGCCGCCUGAGGGACAUGACGUACUCCGCCCCCAUCACAGUGGACAUCGAGUACACCCGAGGCAGCCAGAGGAUCAUUCGCAACGCCCUGCCCAUCGGCAGGAUGCCCAUAAUGCUCCGAAGCUCCAACUGUGUCCUCACGGGGAAGACGCCGGCCGAGUUCGCCAAGCUGAACGAGUGCCCUCUGGACCCAGGUCUGCGUGGCUAUUUCAUUGUCAAAGGAGUGGAGAAAGUUAUUCUCAUCCAGGAGCAGCUGUCCAAGAACAGGAUCAUCGUGGAGGCGGACAGAAAAGGUGCUGUCGGAGCCUCAGUGACCAGCUCCACCCAUGAGAAGAAGAGCAGGACCAGCAUGGCUGUGAAACAGGGACGCUUCUACCUGAGGCAUAACACCCUGUCUGAGGACAUCCCCAUCGCCAUCAUCUUCAAGGCCAUGGGUGUGGAGAGUGACCAGGAAAUUGUGCAGAUGAUUGGGACGGAGGAGCGCGUGAUGGCCGCAUUCGGGCCCAGCCUGGAGGAGUGCCAGAAAUCGCAGAUCUUCACACAGAUGCAGGCGUUAAAGUACAUAGGAAAUAAAGUAAGAAGGCAAAGGAUGUGGGGAGGUGGACCAAAAAAGACCAAGAUAGAAGAAGCGAGAGAGCUCCUGGCUUCCACCAUUCUGACCCACGUACCGGUCAAGGAGUUCAACUUCCGAGCCAAGUGUAUCUACACUGCAGUGAUGGUUCGCAGAGUCAUCCUGGCCCAGGGGGACAAUAAAGUGGAUGACAGAGACUACUACGGAAACAAGCGGCUGGAACUGGCAGGACAGCUUCUGUCUCUUCUCUUUGAAGAUUUGUUCAAAAAAUUUAAUUCUGAAAUGAAGAAGAUCGCAGACCAGGUGAUUCCCAAACAAAGAGCGGCCCAGUUUGAUGUUGUGAAACACAUGCGCCAAGACCAGAUCACCAACGGCAUGGUGAAUGCCAUCUCCACCGGAAACUGGUCUCUGAAGAGAUUUAAAAUGGAUCGCCAGGGUGUGACCCAGGUGCUGUCACGUCUGUCCUACAUAUCUGCGCUGGGCAUGAUGACAAGAAUCUCUUCCCAGUUUGAAAAAACCAGAAAAGUGAGCGGGCCUCGCUCCCUGCAGCCGUCGCAGUGGGGAAUGCUGUGCCCUUCGGACACUCCUGAAGGAGAGGCCUGCGGUUUGGUGAAAAAUUUGGCCCUGAUGACUCAUAUCACAACCGACAUGGAAGACGGACCCAUUGUUAAGUUAGCCAGCAACCUGGGAGUGGAGGACGUGAACUUCCUGUGUGGGGAGGAGCUCUCCUACCCAAAUGUGUUCCUGGUCUUUCUCAAUGGCAACAUCCUCGGGGUCAUUCGAGACCACCAGAAGCUGGUGCACACGUUCCGGCUGAUGCGCAGAGCCGGGUACAUCAACGAGUUCGUGUCCAUCUCCACGAACCUCACGGACCGCUGUGUUUACAUUUCCUCAGACGGAGGGAGGCUGUGCAGGCCUUAUAUCAUCGUCAAGAAACAGAAGCCCGCAGUCACAAAUAAGCACAUGGAAGAGCUGGCUCAGGGCUACAGGAACUUUGAGGACUUCUUACACGAGAGUCUGGUUGAGUACUUAGAUGUGAACGAAGAAAACGAUUGCAACAUCGCACUCUACGAGCACACAGUCAACAAAGACACCACCCACCUGGAGAUCGAGCCCUUCACGCUGCUCGGCGUCUGCGCCGGCCUCAUCCCGUAUCCGCACCACAACCAGUCCCCGAGGAACACCUACCAGUGCGCCAUGGGCAAGCAAGCCAUGGGUACCAUUGGAUACAACCAGCGAAACAGAAUCGAUACUCUUAUGUACCUGCUUGCGUAUCCACAAAAACCCAUGGUUAAAACGAAAACCAUAGAGCUGAUAGACUUCGAGAAGUUGCCAGCAGGGCAGAACGCGACCGUUGCUGUGAUGAGCUACAGUGGCUACGACAUCGAGGACGCGCUCGUCCUAAACAAGGCCUCCUUGGACAGAGGCUUCGGGCGGUGCCUCGUGUAUAAGAAUGCUAAGUGUACGUUGAAGCGCUACACCAACCAGACUUUUGACAAAGUGAUGGGGCCCAUGCUGGAUGCCGCUACCAGGAAGCCCAUCUGGCGACAUGAAAUUUUAGAUGCAGAUGGUAUUUGUUCUCCAGGUGAGAAAGUAGCCAACAAACAAGUGCUUGUGAACAAGUCCAUGCCCACCGUGACUCAGAUUCCGCUGGAAGGGAGCGGGGCGGCCCAGCAGCCGCAGUACAAAGACGUGCCCAUCACUUACAAAGGGGCAACAGACUCAUACAUUGAGAAGGUGAUGAUCUCCUCCAAUGCCGAGGACGCCUUCCUCAUCAAAAUGCUACUGCGACAGACCAGGCGCCCAGAGAUCGGGGACAAAUUCAGCAGUCGUCACGGGCAGAAAGGUGUUUGUGGCUUGAUCGUCCCCCAGGAGGACAUGCCGUUUUGUGACUCUGGCAUCUGUCCAGACAUCAUAAUGAACCCGCACGGCUUCCCAUCGAGAAUGACGGUGGGCAAGCUGAUUGAGCUGCUGGCCGGCAAGGCGGGCGUGUUGGACGGCAGGUUCCACUAUGGCACCGCAUUCGGCGGGAGCAAGGUGAAGGACGUGUGUGAGGACCUCGUCCGCCACGGGUACAACUACCUGGGGAAGGACUAUGUCACCUCCGGCAUCACUGGGGAGCCCUUGGAAGCCUACAUCUACUUCGGACCCGUUUACUACCAGAAGCUCAAGCACAUGGUUCUGGACAAGAUGCACGCCCGGGCCCGUGGGCCACGCGCCGUCCUCACCAGGCAGCCCACUGAGGGGCGGUCCCGAGACGGAGGCCUGCGCCUUGGAGAGAUGGAGCGGGACUGCCUGAUCGGCUACGGAGCCAGCAUGCUGCUGCUGGAGAGGCUGAUGAUCUCCAGCGACGCCUUCGAGGUGGACGUCUGCGGCCAGUGUGGUCUGCUGGGCUACUCCGGCUGGUGCCACUACUGCAAGUCGUCCUGCCACGUGUCCUCGCUGCGCAUCCCCUAUGCCUGCAAGCUGCUCUUCCAGGAGCUGCAGUCCAUGAACAUCAUCCCCCGGCUGAGACUGUCCAAGUACAACGAGUGAGGCCCGGAGCCGCCCGGGAAGAGUGUCCCCGAUCCGCUCCGCUCAGAGACAGGGACUGAGCCGAGGGGAGGCGUCUUGUCUUUGAGCCGACCAUCCAGGUCGUGCCGGUCAGGAGCCUUGAGCCGCAAGCAGAAACGUGUCCGAGACCCGAGGGGGCGUCCAUUCCCUGCGGCGGCUUCUGGCCUGCCUGCCUCUGGACGAUUGGAGGGUGAAUGGGUCACAUGACUUUUGUCCAGGCCACUUGUGGAGCUGGCUGUGGCGGCAGGAAGAUGGAUAAGUGACUCCUGUGGUGCUGAGGGGCACAUCUGCCGUGAUGCUCACCCGUACCCACCCACCCUCGGUGAUACUGAUCUCGCUGAAAUGUAGCAAGUAUUUUCCUGCCUUGUUAAGCCAGAGCUCAGUUGCUACUGUUUGGAUUUUCCCUGAUCGUAUCAUGACACUGUAUUUAUUAAACAUGUGAAUAUCAUUUUA